GUGAACGAUGCCUGGAUCAAGUGUGUUGGACUGUUGCUGGGAGCUCAGGCCAAUCAAGUCGGUCGUGGGGAUGGGAAGGAGGGGUGGGUGGGUGCUUUUAGACAGCGGAGGGUUUGCGAGAAGCAUGACGUCACCCGCUGCAUCCACGACCCUCGUCUCUACCAAAACAAAGGGGAACCAAAACAUACAUUUGCAUCGCCACAUGAAACGUCACUCGACGACAGCCUCGUCUUGCGCACCGAUUAAGUCGAGGUCACACAACCUUUUAUUUGCUUGGCGUGGGUUGGUGAUGGGAAGGGGUCUGUUUCAAUAAGCUGGGUCUGUGGAGAGUCACUGAGAGAGAAGGGGUCCGGGAGGGGCAUCCUUCCGUCUGUCUGUCCGUGGGUCCGUGUGAAUGGCGGAUGGGGAAGCCGCGGUGUCUGUGGAGAGUGGGGCGGCCGCUGUGAUGGAGCGCUAAGCCCGAAGCAAGAGCUCACACCUCGGCCAGCGUUUUGUGCACGUUGUCACUCCGAUCGGACGUCCGCUUCUUCUUAACAUGGAUCCCGACAAGACGUUGACGUUCUGUCUCGGGCUCAAGGCUGAGGAGAUGACGAUGUCCCUGAGAUACUUGGAUGGGACCACCGAGGCUUCCACGGUGGUGAAUCAACAUGAGGGUUCUGGUAGUCAGCCUGUAGUCAGUCCCAAGUACUGUCCUGGUGUAAACAACAAUCCAGGUUACCUCUGUGAGACAGGACACUGCUGCGGAGAGACGGGCUGCUGUACCUACUAUUACGAACUCUGGUGGUUCUGGCUCCUGUGGACCGUGCUGAUCCUCUUCAGCUGCUUCUGCGCUUACCGCCAUCGCCGCGCCAAGAUGAGGAUCCAGCAGCAACAGAGACAGAGGGAAAUCAAUCUUAUCGCCUAUAAUGGAGCAUGCAACUACCCAUCCUCCAUGCUGGAUCUGAGUUUUCUGGCCGCCUUCAAGUUACCCUCUUACGAUGAGGUAGCAGCUCACCCCGCCACACCCCCUCCACCUUACAGCUCCGUCUUCGCCCUGCAGGGAGGCGCCAUGCUAGAGCCGAGCUCCUCCUACCCCCAUCACCACCUCCACAGUCACCCCUGCCCCCCCUACCUGGGGCCGGGCCCCAGUGGCUUCACCUCAUCCCAGAGCUCUGACAACUACACCAGCUGUUCCUGCGAGUCCUGCUCCCUCACCUCGCCCUGCAGCACUUCCUUCUCCGUCCAGGUGACGGACGAGACGUAUGACAGCAGCCGCAUGUCCACGCCCAGCGAGGCGGGGGGUGACGGAGCCCUCUUGCUCGGGGUCGGGGGCAGCCGCUUAUCGACGCCCUCGUCCUCGCCACCUUCGUCGAAGGUUCCACCCGAUGUUAUACCGGUGCUCGCUCCGGAUGUCGUUCCCAGUCAUUCCUAUCAUGGCAGUGAGGGGAUCUCACGCCCGGUUGCCCCUCUCUCACUUCCCUUGCGCCCCCUCAAUAGCUAUCACCCCUCACCUCACCCUCGCCUCCCUCUUUCACCCCUUAUUCUGCUCCCUUCCCUUUCCUCCGGGCAUGUCCAGCAUCUCGUAUACUCGGACCCCCUCCGUGCCACGCUCAACGAAAAUGCGGUAGACGGCUUACCACGCUCAACGCCGUGCCCUUCUCAACGGGCUGUCCUCGACAAAAAUAUGUCUGCUGCAAUGCGCCCCGAAGAUGAGGACGAGGACGAGGACGAUGACGAGGAGGAUCAUUUCCGCCACCGGCGCCUGACGGGUGAUUCUGGCAUUGAGGUGUGUCGCUGCCAGGUCAAGCGCAGAGACCGAGAAGAGGAAACGGGCCUCAAGGAGAGUGAGCGGCGCGACAACGUGGACUGCUCCCUCCGAGCCAAGCAGGGGGUCCUCUCUCCCCUGCUGGAUGACCAGCAGCACGGCGAUGCUGUUGUCAUCGUGGGGGCCUCGCUAGUCUGACGAGCAAACAUGGAAGGAAAAUGUGAAGCGUUUAUGGUUAGCGUCAUCCUCGUAGAACAAGACUAGUCGGUGAAAAGUUGUGUCACUGAAGUUCAAGUCUUGGAGGUGAGUGGAUGGACAGGAUGAGCUUUAUCUCCUCUUGUUUUCAUCUCAGAGGGAAAAUGUUACCCAAGCCUUGAUGAUUUGUUACCUCUACCAAGU